AUGCAGACGAGCAGAGGGCAGAGCACAUCGCCAGAGCACCUGGUGCAAGGAGAGGAGAGGGGUUUGGCGUGGGCCGUGAGAUCUCAGCUGUCAGGCAUCCGCAGUGUGACAGUCUCGGCGCCUGGAGUUCUGCUGGAAGAGUGGACGCCCACUGAUUUGGAGGAAUCAGCGGUGCUGCGGGAAGAUGCAGCGGCUGUCUUGCGGGAAAUGCUAAAAACGGCGAACGUCUAUGUGUUGGCCCAUGUGAUAGAUGACAUAGGCGAGGCGACAGUGAGGGGGGCGCUGGAGGCGGGGGGUCUGGUGGGCCCAAGUGUUGGGCAGAUCCCUCCCCACAGAGUGCUCUUCUGCUCGACGCUAGAGGGCAAGGUGUCCAUCGUGAGGCAGCUCGAGCCGGAACUCCAUAUUGACGGUCACCCUCAGACGAUUGAGGCCCUGAAGCGCUUCAUGCCACAGCUGCUUCAUGUGAGGCAUCCCAAAGCUGAGGCGGCCGGGGUGGGGUCUCCCAAUGUGAGGGAUCAGCUCUAUGAAGCUGUACAAGAGCUCGAAGCAAUGCUCGCUGAUGCAGAUGCCCCAGCCCAGGAGCCAGAUCUGGAAGGAGCCGAGGAAGAAGCCAGCCAUGCUGGUCUUGGCUUCAGAGAUGCAUCCGUAGGGGCAAGUAAUGAUGGCAGCGAUGAGGAUGAGGAGUACGACGAAGAAGAGGAAGAGGAGGACAUUGGGGACGCAGCAGAAGAAACAGCAUCUGACAGCGCUGUGCCUUCAAGAGCCACUCUUGCCAUGGCAGCGGAUGCAGAAGCAGUCGCUCAGGCGGCGCGAGCCGGGCCCCAGACAGAGACAAUCCAUUUUGCGACGUGGGAGGCGCACACAAGGGGUGUCGGAUCGAAGCUCAUGGCUGCCAUGGGGUAUCGGAAGGGGACAGGCCUGGGAUUGCGCAGAGACGGCAGCGCUGCACCCAUCGAGGUGCAAAUGCUCAGGAAAGGGGCAGGCUUGGGCGUGGAGGCACUCAGCAGAAAGCUGAGGAAGAGCAGCCGCGGCGGCGAGCGCAGCAGGCGAAGGAAGCUGGCGGAUGCGGCCCGGGCUGCCAGGGAGGCGGAGAGGGACUCUCAAACGCAGCUGGAAAUUGAGGCAGGGCAGCCGGGCCUCUUUGCUUUCAUCAACACCCGACUCACAAAUGGACAGCAGCCUAGCGGGCAGGCUUCAGCAAACAGCGGAGGGAACAGCAAGGACAGCAGUACCAGCGGAAAGAAAGAAAAGACUGAGCACAAGCAGAUGGACAGGAGGGCUCUUGCUGCACAGCAGGAUGAGGUUGCUGUUGUGCGGGACAAGCUGGCACGACUGAAGCAGAUGGCUGCACGGAACGCCAACGAUGGAGUCAUCAGUGCUCAGGUGAAGCAGAAAAUACAGGCUCUUGAGAAGGAGCUUGCAGCGGCAGAGGCAGUGUCACAGCAUGCCCACAGAGCAGUGCAUGCCAAGGAGAAAGAGAAGAAAUGGCUAAAAUUCUGA